AUGCGAAGGUUCUACGACCGACGCGGAAGUUGCCAAAAAAACCUGAAAGAUAUUCGCCAUCGUGCUGUUAGUGGAUCGAAGUAUGGAUCCCUGGACUAUAAUCGCCCUCGUGCUGAAAUCGAGGAUCAACGGAUGGAUCCCCGGAAACAUUCGACAUCGUGCUGUUUUAGUGGAUCGACAGAAGGAUCCCUGGAAAAUCACGUCUCAGUGAGGAACCCUGGAAACUACGCUUCUGGAAACGAAGCAGUAAAGUCUGAAAACAUGAUAGUUGGCUCUAACGCCGUCUCGAUCCCACUUGGCUUGACAAGCAACGUGGAAGACGUCACAAUGGUCGGUACAACAUCUACUCAACCGACAUGA